UGGGAAUUCAACUGGUCGCCAACAACACUGCCACAGGACGAGCGCCAUGCACGGCCCGACGACUCUCCUCACGACUGCAGGCAUGGGCUCUGUGCCGUCGAAGCCGCUGCGCGCACUGACGUACAACGUCCCGUCCACUGUGAUUUUGCUCGACUGGGAUGACACGUUGUUCCCGAACACGUACCUGUCAAAGCAGCGGUAUUCCCUCGACACCGUCGACGAACCCCUCUCGGCCCAAGAUCAAAAGCUCAUGGAGUUGCUGAUGCAGCAUGUUGCCUCAUUCCUCAAAUCUUGCGUCGAUUCUAACCGCACGGUCAUGAUUGUCACCAACGGUGAGGCCGACUGGGUCGAGCGCUCGUGCAAACGCUUCAUGCUGGCGAUCUACCCUCUGGUCGCGUCAUUUCGCAUUGUGUCCGCUCGAGCCAUGUAUGAAAGCUCCCACCCCGUUGAAGAAUGGAAGGUUGCGUGUUUCACUUCGGAGCUCACAAAGCAUUUCUUUGGUGACAUGUCGGGUCGCAAGCGCCACAUUGUGUCGAUUGGCGACUCGCACUACGAACGGCAAGCUGUUCAGCGUAUGUCGGCUUUCCUGCCACUCGCCAAGACCAAAUCGGUCAAGUUUAUCGACCUCCCAUCCAUUCCAGACAUGGUGCGCCAACUCAUGCUGGUGUCAACGUAUUUAUCUCAUCUGUGCACACACCCUGACCACCUCGACCUCAUUCUGUCGCGCGAAGUACUGCGUGGCAUUGCUAUCUAACCCAGCAUUGACCAAGUAAUAUUUAUUGAACAUUCAACCCUUCAUCCGUCCCCACCACAGUGUCGCGAGCGAUGGCGUCCUGUCGACGCUGCAAUUCCACAGAAAAAACCUACGUAGCCACAAGCGCAUGACCACGAUGGAUUGAUCACGACGAUGCAGACGCCUCGUCACCUCGCACGUGUCGAAGAACUCUUGGUUGUUUGCCAGGCCGAGCGCUUCAAACGUGGCCGGCUGAGUGUCCUUGAUCCCUACAAAUCCACCUCAUCCCACGCGAUCAUCGUCAUGACAUGCCACAGUACCAUGCAUGGUCUGCAGGAAAAUCGCAAUCUCGUCGAUACUGUCUAUUCGGCUGUAGUAGUCCUUGUCCUCGUCCUCGUCGACGUCGUCGUUGCCCUGCGCCAUGCAUCAACAUCAUGUUUCAGUGUUGCGAUCCGCACCUUCAAGUCAUGCAGGACAUGUGUGUAGUCGUCGUCGUGCAAGAUCAAGUCGGCAUCUUCAUCCGAAUCGUACCCUCCCUUGUGAAUCAACGCCUUGAGCGACUUGUCAAUUGGUGGCAAUGUCCCGUCGUUCCCUCCAUGAGCCGCCGCCGCCGCCUCCUCGCGCGCAGCCUGCUGUUGUGACCGUGCUACAAUGCGAUGCAGCAUUUGGACCGAUUGGACCACAAGCAUUUUCAGCGCCUCCUACACAAACAUUCCUCAAAUUGGGCGCGGGAAAACCCAUUUUUGAAUUUGCCGGGUGGGACUCAAGUGCGCAAAUUACCUGGACUGGAAGAGGCAACUCGGCAGCGGGACGACCAAAUAGUGCCAUGAUUCCAAGAACGUAUAUCUUUUGUUCGGUCAGUGUGGUGCGCAGUUCCGCGUUCUUCUCAAGAGCUUUCACGACGGGCUCCAGCACCUUCAUCUUUUCGAGUGCGGUGAGCGUCAACGCUGCGUUGCUUCGCAUGGCUGCCAACACGGCCGAGAGAAGCUGUGUCAGCAUUCGGGGCUCGUUCGUGGGGGUGCGGCUCAUGCGAAAGCAGAUCAGUUGCAGCGCAGCAGGGAUAAACACAUCGACACCGUCGCAGUUGUGGAAGAUGCAUUCGAUGAUUGCACACGCGCCCCACACCUCUUCGUCGUCCACAUGUUCCUUGUGCAGAAUUCUGCGCACCAUGUUGUACACGAGCUCAAGAUAGCGAAUGCGCUUGGUGGUGCCGUUGGGCAAGUUGACCUGAAACACCGCCGAGACGAACCCGACUGCAUCUCGACCGAUCAACGAGUACAGAACCACGACAAGUUGAUGCAUGUAUUCGGAACCCCACAAAUCGGCGCCGCGGAACAAUGUUGGAAACAACGCCCACACCUUGGGGUGGAUCCCUGCGCUGUAGUACGCAAUUGACUUGACAAUAUCGAGUGCCGACUCGACAAAGUCCAUGUAGGCAUCCGUGCUCAAGAUCAAAUGGAGCGUUGGCAACAGCGCAUCGAUCAGUGGCUCAAACAGCUCGGACUGACUGUAAAUGCUCAUGAGUAUCGUGUUGAUCGUGUCGAGGCACGACGCCGCCGUGAAGCACGCGUCCUCGUCGUCUUCAUCCUUGUCCAAGCAUUGCUUAAAGCGCUGCGUGAGUCGGACGACCAAUUGGACAGCGUACGGCCCCACUUCAUCGCAAAACGAAUCGAUCAACUGAUCCAGCGCCAGCACGACUUCGUCCCCGAACCCCAUGUCGUCCAUAAUGACAAAGAACUGGUCAAGAACCUGGGGAAGCAGCGGGCGAAGGGUAUCCUGCACCACCGUCGAAUGAUUGUACAUGACGACGUGGCGAAAGCUCUUUGCAGCUUCAAUGCGCACGGGCAACUCUGGGUCCUGAAGACACCGCAGCAGGUAGUUCACAACGUGCGACAUGGUUGAAUCGGCAAACACGAGUUUCGUCAUGUAGUUCCGAGACAACAUCUUGACGGCGCGCAACCGCAUGUACCCACGGGGAUUUUCAAACGCUGGGAGAACAUGCGACAAAAUGACCGACUCCAUUUGUGCUUGAUGCGGCGGCGACAGUGUCAAGAACGAGUCCAGUGCACACAACGCGUGCAACGCCGCUUCCUUUUGGAUCCACUGGCCUUCAUUUGCUGGAGUUGGGACGAGCAAGUCAUUGUAGAAAGACAAGACUUUCACGACGCAGUCCUUGCCACGCUUUGUGCAGAGUUCCACAAGAAGACCCUCGGCGGCAAACACUGGGUUCAAGUACUCGCCAAGGACAUCGCUGCAUUGGCGAAUGUACUCGUGCGGAUCGUUGUGAAAUAAAUCCAAGUCGGCCUCCGUCAAGCAAAAGAGCGGGUGGACCACCUUGAACAAUACAAAGUCUAAGUGUGGCUGGAGCUGCUUGUACGCCAUGGCCGACAUGAUGGCUUCUUGAAGGUACAUGAUGCUGAGCUGAACAAUGCGAUCGGGGCAAUAUCGCCCCGAUGGCCGCAGGCUCAGCGUUUCCAACACAGCCACAAGUAGAUGCGGUGCAACUUGCCCACGGAAAAACCCGCUCAGCUCCGGCGUCGAAUUGCUGUGCUUGGGGUUGCCGUAGACAUUGUAGAAGCGACAGAAGACCUGGAGCGUCCACUUUUUUGCUUUCCACCACGGGUUUCGUCGAGUUUCGUCGUCGUUGGCGUUGCCAUCGCCGUCCACAUGCAUUGGCUCAGGCAACGCCUUGGUUAGCACUGCCUUGAACAGUUCGAGCCACGACCCAAUUUCUUCGAGCGUCAUGUGCGGAGGCAGCGAGCACUGAACGCUCGACCAGAACGUUUUCACGAUCAAGUGCACCAUGUGGCCAGCGUCGUCGGAUAUAUUCCUGUUCAAAACGUCAGCAUUUCGCGAAGCAUUGGAAACGUCACGACCACAAUUGAGUUCAGUGUGUCGCGUUGCUAUGGGACCGCUGUUCACCACAAGUCAAACGCAUGCUCUUACGUACAUGCGACGGUUUGUACUCGUACAAUUUCACCAGUUUACGUAGAGCCAAGAGAGCCUACAAGAGUCGUGAAUGUCUUGCAUCCAAACAGCGGCGACAAACAUUGAUGAUGCGAUGCGCGUGGCUCGAUUGGAUCGCAGCGCAAAUAUUGUCCACCAGCAGCGGCCAUUGAUUCUACAAACGACGCGUGAAGAUGAUGCAAGUGGGAAAAGUAACAAAUCGCACUGGAAAAUCGUGACGCGCGAUGAGGCUCACACAUUCAACAAGUAGCGCUCGGAUCGACUUGUCUUGGGCUGUGAGCAGACCCUCCAAUAUAUAUUUGCGGUACUCGUCCUUGUCUGCGUCGGGAAAUGCCGAUGCCCCAUGUUUCGCGCCGCCGUGGCCGUCGCUGCAGUUGCUACCACAUUCCACUGCGCCCCAAUGACGGUGAACAAUAUUCUUGAGCGAAAUCGCUGCGGCUUGGCGAAUUUCGCGCUGGACCUCGUCGCUCGAGAGAAGCUGGACGAGCAGCACGAUGGAUCCUCUCGCCAAGUGAAGCUUGUUGACAGCUUCCUCAGCCGCACUUCGCGCGCUCGCGUCUGUGCUGAACGUGUGAAGAAGAAUGCUGUGCAACGUCUGGACUUCUAUCUCCAUCUUUGCCCCAGUUUGCUUCGUGUUCGGCGCUGCGUGUCGAAAUGAACAGGGUGAACUUGGCCCAAAGUCCGUACAUCCGGAUCCG